AGGAAGUUACACAAGGCAACAAAUUAUCUUUCCGAGUGUGACGUGUGACGAUGACACGUUUGUUCCCAGUUGCCAACAAGCAAAUAACACAUUAUAAUAGUGAGGGAAAAAAUGGAAAGAAACAAACAGAGCAUAGGAAAUAGCUUUCCUCGGUUAUAACCUUCAAGGUGGAAAGAAAAACCCACCCACUAUCCCAAUUCCAAUAAAUACCUUCCUCUCUAUAUUUUCGCACAAUACCCUCUCACCCUUCAACGAUGAGUUACUACAAUCAGCAGCAACCACCCGUCGGUGUUCCUCCUCCCCAAGGUUACCCACCGCCGGAUUCUUACGGAAAGGACGCGUACCCUCCGCCAGGGUACCCGCCGCAAGGAGGAUACCCUCCGCAGGCGUAUCCAGCACAGGGGUACCCUCCACCCUACGCGCCUCCUCAGUACGCUCAGCCUCCGCCGCAACAACACCAGAAUUCAUCUGGCCCAGGUUGCUUAGAAGGAUGUUUGGCUGCUCUCUGCUGCUGCUGUCUGUUGGAUGCGUGCUUCUGAGAGGAGAAGAGGUUGCUUUGCACAAAUUGGAUUUGAAACUGUGUUUUGACUUUGAAUAUCGUCGUUAGUUUUUAUUAUUCUAUGUUGAUUUACAUUUCGUGGAUAUGAAAUAUUGCUUCGAAAGAUAUGUUCUGUUUCAUUUACAGGAUUCUUGACUUACUGUAUUUCUUGUGUUUUGUUUAUAUUGGCGAUUAUUAUAAAGACCCUCUAAUAUCACA